GUCGGCCGCGCCAGCCUUAUGCGGCCGAACGGGCCAGUCCGGCGGCCCAGUUUGUAUGGAGCGCACGGACCACCACAUACAAAACCGCUCCCCCCCCAGCAACUUUUGCACGACUUCACGUUUGCGCGCCAAAUCGCCCCCCACCAGGGGUCGGUGGGUAUGUGUAGGAAGGCUAGUACUUGGUGAGGAGCCAAGGAAGACCCCCUGCGCUUUCUUCCAUCCCCGGAAGCGCAUCCCUCCCACCCGGAGGGGUGCCCCGACGGGGGUGUUAAGUCCCGGGGCCUAUGCGUGUGCUGGGCCCCCGGCGUGGUCCGGGUCGGUGUGGGUUCGUGGCGGCUCGCCAUGUCCUUCGCCAACGUCCCAGUCCAUGGGGUGCGCCGCCCUUCAGUAGCCGCCGUUCGCCGGCGUGACUGCUGGGUGAGACUCC